UAAUACUCCCCAAGAAGUGAGAAACCAAGAGAGAUUCAUCUAUAAGCUAAAUUUGCAGGUUAUAACAAAUAAACAUACUGAACUUAGAUGUCAGCAAAAUAAUAUAGUACUAGAAGAUAACAAUAAAAUCUUAGAGCUACUUGAUUCCUUUGUCAAGACUUUAGGAGCAGACAAAUCAUCAUAAGAGUGAAGCUGAAAAUUUGGGAAGGAUGAUUCGAAGUAGAUCCAAAAGUCCUCGACGGACUUCUCCAACUCCCAGGGGAGUAAAUUGUGAUUCGGAUCUUGUGAAGAUGAGAGAUCGUGAAGAACUUAAGUGUAUGUUGGAAAAAUAUGAGCGUCACUUGGCUGAAAUUCAGGGUAAUGUCAAGGUUCUCACAUCUGAAAGAGACAAGACCUUUCUUCUUUAUGAACAGGCACAGGAAGAAAUAGCCCGACUAAGACGAGAAAUGAUGAAAAAUUGCAAGUCUCCUAAAUCAACAUCAACAGCACAUGCUAUCUUACGGCGAGUAGAAACAGAAAGAGAUGUGGCCUUCACAGACUUGAGAAGAAUGACCACAGAGCGAGACAGUCUGAGGGAGAGGUUAAAGAUUUCCCAAGAGACUGCAUUUAAUGAGAAGGCUCACCUGGAACAAAGAGUAGAAGAGUUGGAGUCUACAGUACACAGUCUUGAUGAUGAACGUCUAGAACAAAUGGCAAAUAUGACUUUGAUGAAAGAAACCAUAACCACUGUGGAAAAAGAGAUGAAAGCACUAGCACGAAAGGCAAUGGAUACAGAAAGUGAACUUGGCAGACAAAAAGCAGAAAAUAAUUCAUUGAGGCUUUUAUAUGAAAACACAGAAAAGGAUCUUUCAGAUACUCAGAGACACCUUGCUAAGAAGAAGUAUGAGCUACAGCUUACCCAGGAGAAAAUUAUGUGUUUAGAUGAAAAGACUGAUAAUUUUACAAGGCAAAGUCAUGCCCAGCGAGAAGAAAUCAACCUUCUUGGUGCAACACUCAGUGAUUUGGCUAAAGAAAAGGAAUGUCUUCAAGUGUGCUUGGAUAAAAAAUCUGAGAAUAUUGCUUCCCUUGGAGAGAGCUUGGCAAUGAAAGAAAGGACGAUUUCAGGCAUGAAGAAUAUCAUUGCUGAAAUGGAGCAGGCAUCAAGACAAUCAACUGAAGCUCUUAUCAUGUGUGAACAAGACAUUUCCAGAAUGCGUAGACAACUGGAUGAAACAAGUGAUGAGCUUGCUCAGAUUGCUAGAGAAAGAGAGGCCUUCGCUCAUGACAAUGAUAACCUCCAAGAGUCAGUCUCUAGAGUUAAGCAGGAAAACCAGGUGUUAUCCAAAAAAUUGGCUGAAAAUCAAGCUGAGCUUAGUGAUUUAAAACAGAAGAACCAAGACAAUAACAGUGAUAUUAACAAACUGAAAUCUUUAGUUAAGGCUGAAGAGGCUGAGAACCGGCAACUCAUGGAAGACCUUCGAAAGGCUGUUGAACAGGCUGAAAGCUGGGAAGCCAAAGCCCGCCAAACAGAGGCAGAGAACAACACUCUCAAACUGGAACUUUUAAGUGCAGAGGCAGAGGGUAACAGACUAAAAGAAAAAGUGGACUCGCUCAGUAGAGAGGUUGAGCAACACUUAAAUGCAGAAAGGUUGUACAAGUCUCAGGUUUCUACUUUGCACAAAUCCCUUUUAAAGAUGGAAGAGGAGCUUCAGAAGGUUCAGUUUGAAAAAGUCUCUACCCUUGCAGAUUUGUCUUCCACACGGGAACUUUGUAUCAAACUGGACUCUAGCAAAGAACUACUCAGUCGACAGCUUAUUGCCAAAGAUCAAGAAACAGAUAUGGUGGAGAAUGAGUUAGAUGCUGCUCGAAAUGAAAUAGAGGUUCUUAGGAAUCAGAUGGCGAAUGAUAGAAUCUCCAUACAGAAUCUAGAAGCUUUGCUGGUGGCCAAUCGAGACAAAGAGUACCAGACCCAAGUAGCACUUCAAGAAAAGGAAUCUGAAAUUCAGCUUCUAAAAGAGCACCUUUGUUUGGCUGAAAAUAAAAUGGCCAUCCAAAGUCGGGACGUUGCCCAGUUCAGAAAUGCAGUAACACAGCUGGAAGCUGAUCUAGAUAUUACAAAAAGACAGCUAGGGACAGAGCGCUUUGAAAGAGAACGGGCUGUACAAGAACUUCGCCGCCAGAAUUAUACUUCUACCAAUUAUUAUCACGUGAGCUCUACGAUAAAACCGACACCCAAGUGUCAUUCGCCUGACCGUGCCCUUCAUCGAUCCCCUGAUCGAGGCCUAGACAGAUCACUGGAAGAGAAUCUGUCCUUUAGAGAUUUUUGACACAUGAAGGUUCUUCACCCUCUGGAAAGCAAGGUUAAAAACUGAACUCAAGUUUAUGCUGUAUAAUUGAUUUUAUCUUUUGAAUGCUUGACAAUGUUAAAUGUAUUUAUUGACCUCAAGAGAACAAACUCUGAAUCAGCCAUGCUGUUCUGUUUCAUACAGCUAAUCUCUAUUGUAUUGUGCCAUAUUGCAGUAACUCAACUUGACAUUCAGAAGGAAAAAUGCAUAUGGCUGUA